AUGGCAACAGUUCGGAUUUGCGUCUGCGGCGACGAGGGCACGGGCAAAUCCAGCCUCAUUACCUCACUCGUUAAAGGUGUCUUUGUCACAAAUAAAAUUCAACCAGUUCUCCCUCAGAUUACAAUCCCUCCUACUCUCGGAACCCCCGAAAAUGUCACCACCACUACAGUCGUUGAUACAUCCGCCCUACCGCAGGAACGCAAUAAUCUCGCGCGAGAGAUCCGGAAAUCAAACGUGAUUUUACUUGUUUAUUCUGAUCACUACAGCUAUGAGCGGGUAGCUUUGUUUUGGCUGCCUUAUUUCCGCUCAUUGGGUGUUAAUGUUCCAGUGAUCCUGUGUGCAAACAAGUCUGACCUCGGGACGGGUCAUACGCAAGUGGUCGAGGAAGAGAUGCUACCGCUGAUGGCAGAAUUUAAAGAAAUUGACUCGUGUAUCCGCACCAGUGCCCGUGAGCACCGCAAUGUGAACGAAGCCUUCUUUGUCUGCCAGAAGGCUGUAACCCAUCCGAUCGCCCCGUUGUUUGAUUCCAAGGAGUCAUCUCUGAAACCAGCCGCAGUGGCAGCCCUACAACGAAUAUUCUAUCUGUGUGAUAAAGACCGCGACGGAUAUUUAUCGGACAAGGAGAUCAAGGAUUUCCAAACCCGCUGCUUUGGAAAGGCCUUGAAUGAAGAUGAUCUUGUUCACAUCAAGGACACUAUUCAAAAGAGCUACCCGGAAUCAGUUACAGAGUCCGGCAUCGAUUGUCAGGGGUUUAUUCAUUUAAACAAAUUAUAUGCAGAGAAAGGGCGUCAUGAGACAGUUUGGAUUAUCUUGCGAGCCUUCCAGUACACAGAUAAUCUCUCCUUGCAGGAGAAGUUCUUGCACCCCAAGUUCGAAGUUCCCCCAUUUGCCUCCGCCGAACUAUCCCCGGAAGGAUACAGGUUCUUUGUCAACCUCUUUCUGCUAUCUGAUAAAGACAAUGACGGUGGCCUGAACGAAGCUGAGCUUGAAUUGUUGUUUGCUCCAACCCCCGGCUUACCUGCAUCAUGGGCGGAUGGUUCAUUCCCGUCGUCUACUGUCCGCAACGAAGCAGGACAUGUGACACUACAGGGCUGGCUUGCCCAGUGGAGCAUGACAACCUUCCUAUAUCCCAAGACCACUCUCGAGUACUUGGCCUAUCUGGGAUUCGAGCCAUCUGACCAAAGUGAUCAAUCCAUCACGGUAGCAUUGAAAGUCACAAGACCUCGCAAAAGGCGGCGGCGCCCCGGUCGUGUGGGACGUAAUGUUGUACAAUGCCAUGUUCUGGGAGCCCCUGGUUCCGGAAAGUCGGCUUUGCUGGAUGCGCUCCUUUCGCGCGGAUUCAAUACGACCUAUCACCCUACAAUUCAACCUCGUACCGCCGUGAACACAGUUGAACUUCCAGGUGGAAAGCAGUGUUACUUGAUUCUGGAUGAACUAGGUGAGCUAGAACCUGCUCUCUUAGAAAACCAGGCGAAACUGCUCGAUCAAUGCGACGUGAUUGCAUACGCGUAUGAUUCUUCAGACCCGGACUCUUUUGCCUACAUCCCUGCCUUGAGGCAAAAGUACCCCCACCUGGAGGAGCUUCCAAGCGUUUUUGUUGCCCUCAAGGCCGAUUUGGAUCGAACCACUCAGCGGGCGGAGCACCAGCCCCAUGAAUACACGGCCAUGUUGAACAUGCCCAGCCCACCACUCCACGUCAGUGUCACCUGGAGCUCUAUUCAGGAGGUGUUUGUCCAUAUCGCAGAAGCUGCCAUGGAACCCAGCACUGCUUUCCCACGUAGCGAAGAGGACGUGGAGGGCAAGUGGAUGUCGUGGGGAAUUGCUCUUGGAGCGGUGGUUUGUGCAGGCGCCGCUGCAGUGAUGAUCUGGCGACGAGUUGGCACUGGAAAUUAG